AUGAGCAAUAAGGAAUGCUUCAAGCGUGGACGCUUUGGCCACUGGGCCCGGGGAUGCCCUAGAGGAGGAGCUCAAGGGCGAGGAGCUAGAGGGCGUGGCAGAGGUUCUCCGUGCAGCUCCACCACCUUAUCGGACAUGUGUUACCGCUGCGGUGAGUCUGGUCAUCAUGCCAAGGACUGUGACCUUCUUCAGGACAUCUGCUACAACUGUGGGAGAAGUGGCCACAUCGCCAAAGACUGUAAUGAGCAUAAACGAGAGAGAGAGCAGUGCUGUUACACCUGCGGCAGACCAGGUCAUCUGGCUCGUGAUUGUGAUCGUCAGGAAAGGCAGAGAUGCUACUCUUGUGGCGAAUUUGGGCACAUUCAGAAAGACUGCACCCAAGUCAGGUGCUACCGAUGUGGUGAGAUCGGCCACGUGGCCAUCAACUGCAGCAAAGCAAGCCAGGUCAACUGCUACCGCUGUGGCGAAUCCGGACAUUUAGCGCGGGAAUGCCCCAUUGAGGCCACCGCUUAA